CCGGGUUGGCCGCUUUUAGUUGACGAGGGGAGCUUGUGAUGAUCGAGAAGAGGCGGUUUGGGCGCGGUGCCAGAGGGAGGAGGGAGUUUGUGGAGCCGGAGAGGAUAUGGGUCGUGGGCACCUCGCACAUAUCGGAACGGUCGGCCGCAGAUGUGGGUCGGGUUGUGAACGCGGUUAAACCCGAUAAUGUCGUCGUCGAGCUCUGCAGGAGCAGGGCUGGAAUUAUGUAUACAUCCAAUGAAGCUGAUGAUGGUCCAUUGCUGAAAUUGAAUAUGUUCUCAUUGGGCGGUGAUAAGUUUUUCGGAGCAAUCAACCGGAGCAUAAAUUUGGCAGGGGGGCAAACGGCUCUUGCCUUACGAUUGCUCCUAGCAGUCUUCUCUUCGAAGAUUUCUGGUGGAGGGAACCGACCUUUUGGGGAUGAGUUUCGUGCUGCUCGAAAAGCUUCUGAGGAGAUUGGAGCUCAGAUUGUAUUAGGAGAUCGCCCAAUUGAGAUUACCCUUCAACGGGCGUGGAGCUCUCUCAAAUGGAAUGAGAAGUUGAAACUACUUACAUCAAUUUUCCGUGGUAUAAGUUCAUCCAAGCUAGCUGAGAGUAAUUCAAAGGGCCAAGAAAUGGAUGUCAGCCCAUUUGAGCUAUAUAAACAACUGAGCAUUUCAUAUCCUUCUCUGCUGCAGCCUCUCAUACAUGAGCGUGACACGUAUCUUGCAUGGUCUUUGAAGAGGAGUAAAGCUGUGAAUAAUAGUAAGAUAGUUGUAGGAAUCAUCGGUAAAGGGCACAUGAAUGGUGUUAUUUAUGCCUUAAUUUCCGACCAAGGUAACUUGCGUUUUCGCGAUGUCGCUGGAAGAACGUCUUCUGAUGGUUCGAACACUUGGGUCAGUUCUCUCGUCAAGGGUCUCGUUAGAGACACCAUCUUAGGGUUUGUUCUCUGGGCUCUUUAUGAACAGUUGAAGAGUACAUUUUGAAGCUUUCUCUUAACAAAGGUUGUUAUUAUUAAUGUACUUUGAAGUUGUAAAAUUCUAUUUUUUUUUCCCUCUGUGAAUCAUGAUCAUAAUUCUAUUGUUUACUUCAAUUGUU